UGAAGCUCUUCCGUUUCACUAUCGCAAAAUUCAGCUUUCCAUCGAUAUAUCUCUUUCUGUUUGCGUCAGCGUCUCACGUAUCUGCUUUCUCCCAAGCGCACAAUUCCGAUACCCACGCACACCCAAACAAGAGAAAAGACAUGCCCACUCCUCUCUGGUUCCAACACGAAAUCACCGUCACGGCUCCGUCCCGCGGUUGCCACCUGAUUACCCGAGAUAUCCAAAAGGCGCUUCAGGAUGAUUUGCCAAAAGUUCACAUAGGGAUGUGCAACGUAUUUGUCCAGCACACGUCGGCGUCUCUGACCAUCAAUGAAAACGCCGACCCGGACGUCAGAGGAGAUAUGGAAACGGCUCUCAACAAAAUUGUCCCGGCCCAGUGGAAUCGAGACGGGACCUUCAAACACACCCUAGAAGGUGACGAUGAUAUGCCUGGUCAUGUCAAAAGUAGCUUGAUGGGUGCGAGUUUAAAUAUUCCCGUCAAGUCGGGUCGACUGGCGCUGGGCACUUGGCAAGGUAUUUAUUUGAACGAACAUCGCGAUCAGGGUGGAUGGGGUGGUGGACAUCAACGCAGCGUUAUUAUUACAGUUCAAGGACAAGGGAAAUGAGAGGGACAAAAGAGUUUGUCUAAUAUUACUAUUCUCCAUAAAAUGGCCUUGCAAUAUGCAAUUGUUAAAUCAUGUUGUGGCUAUUACUAUUCGUGUCGGUGUCGGUGUCGCUCUCUUCAAUCCCCUUCGUCGACGCACGACGUUUCCUGACCGCCACGAAAACUACCAAUAGUGUAAGUGCAAACACCCCUCCAACAGAUCCGCCAACAAUUUUCUGUCGAUUCCUGCCAUCGUCACUUCCACCACCGGCACUGUUUCUCUCGUCGGCAAUACCAUUGAUAAGAGUACCAUCUCCACGAUUUUCAUUAUGUUCUUCGGGGAGCGUAUCACAAAGACGGCAAUCAAUCUGAUAGUCCCGUUGUAAAACCAAACGUGGAAUCCAGGUACUGUCAUCGUCACAGGCUUCCUUAAUGACGGCGCAAUGCAAAGCGUUGUCAUUGUUACCCUUACAGGCACCUGUUUCGACAAAGUCACAUGUGCAAUCGCCAUUCUUUCUGGAGCGGCCUUCAAACGCAGUCAGAAAAUUUGAAGCCGUUUCCGAUCCGGAGAUUUGGCCAUUGGGUGUAAGGGGACACUCCGCUGCAUCCCAGACGCAUGCGCUAUUCCCGCUUCUCCACUCACA